UGGAAAAAUUGCUUAGCGCCAAAUAUAUUAUUCCACAUUUAUUUUUAUCGGCGUGCAUGUGUGCGUUGCGCUUGUGCGGCAGCAAUAACAAAUAAAUUCAUUUGACCACAAUAGACAAAUUUGCUGUCUGAUAACUUCAUCGCGUGUGCCAAGACUUGUGCGGUGCAGAAUAAAGACUGUAAUACACACAUACAUAUGUACAUAUGUUAUUUGUAAAAGAGUUCGUUCAACUUAGAUGAUGAAAAUGUUGCAAGUUAACAUAUUUGUUGCAAGCUUAUGCUGUCUAGCAUUUUUCAACAAUUUCGCACAAUGUGAAACUGAUGUGAACAGCAGUAAGAGAGAUGAAAUCACAAAACCGACUCAACCAUCGGGAUAUGUACUGCAGAAUUGGUUUACUAAAGACAAAAGUAAAUUGCGAUUAAGAAGCAAUUCUAAGGAGACGAAAAACAAUGGAUUAGCUCGUCUUUAUGGACAUCAAUCGAUGGAGCGACGUUUUAACGCCGAUACUGUUAUAUCACAUGACUCGGAUACUUCCAAAACGUUGCCCAAAAACUCGCAUACAUUAAACAAGAAGAUGCUGAAAAAACUUGGUUUUACCAAAGUGAAAGCCCCCAACAGCCACCAUAGAAAGCGUCUAGCUGUGGAAUCAAGACGACACUCGUCUCCAGAUGAUUCGCAUAUGUUCAUUAUAAAACUGCCACCGAAUUUUGUUUAUUACACAAAUCCAAAAGGCGAAGCCAAUAGCAUAACUGACAACUCACAAAAAACGAAUGUGUCGACCUUUCCGUUUAACUCUAAUGGCAAACCGGGACGUAUCUACCACUGGAACCUACCAGUAUUACAGAAGAUUAUCGGAAACAAACAACCACUACCACUCACUGAUGUCAACGGCAAAAAAUAUGUUAUCAACUUCAAGAGAUUUUCACAUUUUCAAAAGCCCUGGGAAAAUGAGAGCAUUGAAAAAUCGUAUAAAUCGAAUUAUAAAAAGUCUCUGAAGCAUAAAUCACCCUCAUAUUAUGCGCCCACUGCAGCAGUUAAGAAAAAUAGUUUUAAUCGGUAUUUUUCGGGCAACGGAAAGCCGAAGGGUUUCUAUGUUAUAAAGGAAAACCAACAUAGAGCUAUAAAUUAUAAGAAUAUAGUGUUAUAAAGACAAUAAUAUUUUUGUUAUUUUAAUUUUGUAUUUGAACCAAACUGCAAUAUUUGAGGAAUAAUGGUUCAACUAUAUAUAACACCCUGGUCCCAAAGGCAUAUGUACACAUUCAUAUGCAUAUUUGAAGCGUUAUACGGAUAAACUACGAAUAAGAUAGCAACAACAAUAAGUUAAAAAUUAAGUAAUGCACAAAAAGUUCCAUAUCGAAUUUAUUGAACUGUAUUAGAUAAGGAAUUCGGUGGCGGUAUUUCUUUCCCAAACAUAAUGGAAAAUCUCUUUGCUCCUUAAAUAGUUUUAGAAGCCUCUACUUUAGAUUUAUUUUCCUAAAUAUCAAAAGAGACUGACUAAUUAACUACACUGGAGAACUUCUUAAAGAACUGGUAAUUACUAUUUUAUUCUUACUUGGUAAAUGGUAUAUUAAACUUCUAGUUAAAAAUAAAAUUUUAAAAUUCGUUAUUUUAUUAAGCAGACGCUGUAUGCAACUUAAUACAAAUAAAUGUACACAGUUCCAAAAAACAACUAAACUAUGGUAAGUUUUUUGCUAUCGAAAUUUGUUUCUGUUUUUAAAACACAUAUACUUUACAAGUAUUGAAACUAUUAGGCAUACUAUUUAGAAAUUUAUAUUACAUAAAUAAAUAUGUAAGUUGCUUAUUGCACAUAUGCUUGAAAGCAAAAUGUUAUACGAGUAAUAGGAGCUUAAAUAAUAAAAUUUUACUCACAACAAAUUUAAUAAGAAUAUAUAAAACAUUACACCUUACACAGGCAAGGUCAUUUUUGGCAUACAAUCUACAUAAUUUCAUAACCAACGGUAACCAGUCCUACGAAGUAAACAGGUUACUUAUCAUACAUACCAUAUGACAUAAUAACUGUAAUUUUCACAAUGUCUGACUAAUAUAUUGCACUUAAUGCUUGACCAGGUAUUGUCUUAAUGAACCAACAUUAGACUAUUUGGACAACUAAAGUACAUCUGAAUAUUUAGCUCAUAAGCUCAAGAAAAUAUUUUUGUACUUUUAAUUAUAAAACAUAUGGUUAAAGCAGGUAUUACACAACUAGAUAAGUCUAUACGAUGUCAAU